AUGCCCCAGGAGCCCCAGCAGACGGAUUUCCAGCUGGUGCGAGUCAAGAGCACGUGGUGCCGCAUCAAGAAAGGAGAAGCCCUUUCCAACGACGAGGAUGAGAUCACUCUCUCUGAGGCAAAAAUCUAUGGAGUUCAAGGGUUUAGAGACUUUAAGAGUUUAAGACUUAGAGACAAUUUGGAAUACAAUGAUUCCAAACCCUGUUUUCUGAUCCUUGCCAGAGGCGAGUGCAUCUCUGAAGGUGGGAUUUCCUGGAUAAUUGAAGCUCCCAUCUACUUUUGCUACAAAGUAGUAGAAACAUACAACAUUCUGGAACCCUCUAACACCACUCUGCUCUGGGGUCACAUCACUGACCCCCAGCAAAUAGAGCUCGCCACUGCCAGCAAGAGGAAACUGCGGCGCUUUAUCGUCAUAGACGAAGUCGUCGACAAACUUUACGGCUCCAAAGUCAGAGAAUACUUCGAAGAGAACAACGUCCAGCACAAAAUCCUCGCCCUGCCGACCACCGAAGAAACAAAAUCCAUGGACUUGGUGUUGAACAUCUUGCACGAGGUGCAGAACUUCAGCCUCGACCGGCGGACGGAGCCCAUCAUCGCCAUCGGCGGGGGCGUGUGCCUGGACAUCGUCGGGCUCGCCGCGUCGCUCUACAGGAGACGCACCCCCUACAUUCGGGUCCCCACCACCCUCCUCUCCUACGUGGAUGCCAGCGUGGGGGCGAAGAAUGGGGUGAACUUUCUGCAGUGUAAGAACAAGCUCGGGGGCUACACCCCACCCGUGGCCAGUUUCCUGGAUAGAUCCUUCAUCCAGAGCAUCCCUCGGAGACACAUCUCCAACGGGCUCGGGGAAAUUUUAAAGAUGGCCCUCAUGAAACACAAAGGGCUGUUUGACCUGCUCAAGAACCAUGGAAAAUACCUGCUGGACACCAAGUUCCAGUCCUGCAAUGGCUUUGCUGACCACAGAGAUGCUGCACUGCAGACUACCAGGAUUGCCAUUGAAACCAUGCUGGAAGAGCUGGCUCCCAACCUCUGGGAGGAUGACCUGGACAGACUGGUGGAUUUUGGCCACCUUAUUAGCCCAGAGCUGGAAAUGAGGGUUUUGCCGUCGCUGAUGCACGGGGAAGCUGUGAACGUCGACAUGGCAUUCAUGACGUACGUGGCCCACGCGCGCGGGCUCCUCGACGCCGAGGAGAAAGAGCAGAUCCUGCAGUGCAUGCAGGGCCUGGAGCUGCCGGUCUGGCACAGCGGCUGCAGCUGGGCCCUCAUCCAGAGAGCCCUGCGGGAGCGCCUCAAGCACAGCGGGGGACAGCCCCGCAUGCCCCUGCCCACCGGGCUCGGCGUGGCAGACAUAUUCAAUGACACCAGUGAAGAGACCCUGGAAAGAGCCUAUGAGCUGUGGGUUAAGGACUGCAGGACGGUGCUGGAGGAAGAGCUGCAGUCCCAAGGUGAUGGUCCUGCCCCAGGCCUGACCUGUUCGCCACUCUAA